AAAAUACAUUUUUUUCCUACAAACGACAAAGUUUACUAUCUCGGUUUGUAUCCUGUACCCACAACGAUGUCUUCUAUGUGCGACCUCAAACGCUCACAACGAAGUGCAGUUUGUAAACCUAAUAGCUCAAACGUUCAAGAUUCUAGUUCAAUUAUAACGACAUUGGUAUCUUCAAGUUCGAACAGUGACGGUCAAGCGUGGUUAACGGCAAGUAAGUACGACGCAAAUAUCAGCCAUAGUAAAGAAGUUCGCAGAAAAGCGGAUGAACGUUCCAUCUCAGAAGAGCAGGACCAACAAAAUUCAUCGUCAGUGAACACAAAGUACAAAGGAACUAGCGAGCGCCAUAUCGGUCAGUCACCAAAUGACGAAAGAUUAACGAAUCGUCGUGAGCUCCGUGGUGGGAAUGUUACCAUUGAGAAAUGUCCUGCAGAAACUAUAGCACAAUGCCAUAGAAAACCGGUAGCCAAGCAGUCUCAGCUAAAGUCUGACCUGCCGCAGGACACAAGAAAACAAAGUAGAUGCUCUUUUCGAUAUCGCUCAACCGGACUGCAGUCAAACAUGCGAACGACACCGUACAGGUACAGCUCAACAACAGGUGAUUAUAAUGACGAAUUAAAUGCAGAUUCCGAUGACGAAUAUACAGACCAGGAGACAUCGGCCGUCAUUGGCUACCGAUCUGUUUCAUUUAAGGGCCGCAGUGCAGAAAGGGAACCAGCAUCGAAAAGUUCUGCGUACAGUAUAACCACCGCGUAUAGUGAGGAAGAAGGUGGCUGUAUCGGCAGGGCCGAUUCUGACGAUUGCUUCGUGUAUGGCGAUAAUGCAAAUCACCUAAUCCCGACCGUCUUGGCAGAGCUGGACUGUAGUUGCAUCCGUAAGACGUCAAAAAUAGCCCACGGUUCCUAUGGCGGUGACCAGUCGGGGGCGUCAACGUGCAAGUCGAAGUACAGUCGGGCUAAUCUGUUGUUAUUCUAUUUAAAGCACGCACAUACGUUAAAGGACGAUAAGGAUGAAGUUAUCAUUGAUCUGUCGUCCCGGAAAACUUUCCUGGAAAAGAGCAUAACUUCUGCUUUAAUGGACUCCUUCUCUCAGAUCUAUUAAAAUCACAAAAAAAAACUAGUAAUAGGACGCUUGACACGUGACUCAUGUAUAUGGUGACACAACCAUUUCUAGCCCCUACCUGUGCGUUCAGUUGGCGAAUUUUAAAUGAUUAAUAAAUUAGUACAU